UGCUCUGUCUCAGUCUGUCCCGGACCUUCGCUUUCAGCAGACUUACCUUUUAUGAAAGUGAAGUCUCAUUGUAAGUGCAUGGCUUUACGGCACUUCAUGUCAAAGUUUUAACGCAUUAUAGUAUGUAGCUUUUUUUUUUAGGUGAAAGCAGUUCAUAUUUGACUUCAAUGGAAAAAGAUCAGAAGAGCUCAUGAAGAGAUCAGAGAACAAGAGAACAGUGGAAGCUGUUUGACAUCCUCCCGGAUCCAUUUUCUUCACCUUAAAUAGUGCCGCUUCAAUGAAUGUUACGCCCUUCCCAGCAAACAUGUCUACGGAUCCAACAGUUGACCACUGCAAAGCACCUAAUCAGGUCACAUACGAGACCCUCUCCUGGCUGAUGAUUGGAGAGUUCGUGCUGGGUCUGCCUCUCAACCUGUCGGUCCUCUACGUCUUCGUCUUCAGGUUCAAGUUCUGGAAGAACAAAAGCAUCUUCCUGUUCAACAUUGUGGUUGCCGACUUCUUGCUGGUGGCCUGUCUUCCUGCCAAGGCCUACCACUACCACCUCGGCCACCGGCGCAGCCCCAACAAAGCACUGUGCAAGACGAUGCUCUUCAUGCUGUUUCUCAACCGCGGCGCCAGCAUUGCCUUCCUCAUCACCCUGUCCAUCGACCGCUACUUCAACGUGGUGCAUCUCGGGAGGAGGAAUUUCGUCAAAGUGCUGAAGAAAUCCCCCCUAGUCUCCAUCGUCAUCUGGCUCCUCCUGCUGCCCCUCACCAUCCCCACGAUGGUCGAGACCUUCGAGUGCUGCAACAGCCACGGCCGCAAGCACGAGACCCGUUUUCACGACGUGACGGACACAUUCAGAGAGAUCGUCUAUUUCGGCCAGAUCAUCGUGCCCUUCGUCAUCCUCGUCUACUGCACGGUGCACAUCGUCAACCGGCUGCGGAGGAAGACGGUGGGGGAGAAGACCAAACUGAGGAGAGCCGUGUGCGUGGUCAUGUCCGUCGUCGUCGUCUUCUCCGUCUGCUUCCUGCCCAGCACCGUUGCCAGAGCAGUGCUGCUGAGCGUCCGGCUUAACAAAGAUUGGGAGCACAUGGAAGAUGCGGUGGUUCAGGUCUACGACAGCCUCAUGGUUCUGUCUUACAUCGACUGCCUGCUGGACCCGCUGGUAUACUGCUUCUGCAACUCCGGGUUUAAAGACGCCUACAUAUCCACCUUCUGUCCCGCGUUUCUCCGGAACAGACUGUUAAAUACUGACUUUUGCUUGGGAACAACAACAACUACAACAACAACAACAACAACGACUUCUGGAAUUAGAGAAGUUUCUUUGCCGAUAUUAGCAAAAUGAUAUUUUCAGUCUCUUAAACUGCAGUGAAAGUUUUGUCCAAUGUGUUUAAUCAACAUUACAGCUCAGCUGCACAGAUAGCAUAACCACUGGUCCCUCCACACAAGCUACGCCGGCAGAUUAUUAACAUUUUCUCAGAAAAACAUUAGGUAAAGCAAUUCUGCCGAAUUUACACAAAGGCUGAAAACACAGGCGGGGGCGGAUGACAUCCUCUGUGGGCACAGCCAUGAUCUGAUCUGAUGAAACCAUCUUCUAUCUAAAAUCAGCAUGUGUUCAUGGGUUUAUCUGGAGCCGUGUUUAGGGCCAGCAGCUCCACUCACGCACACUUGCUGAUGUUUUUCUCACUGUAACCCUUAAUGACCUCCUGUUGGAGCUGAAGAGACCGUCUUCUGAACAAUUUGAGAACGAAUCAUUUUCUUUCCGCACUUUUUUUCCAACAUGAAAUCCGCAUCGACGCUUGACCGACUGCUUUCAGUGCUCGUGGUCCAUUCACGUGGCUUCACACUGUGCGGCUGCCACCUGAUCUAAAGUCUAAUUCAAUAUGAUUUAUACGGAUAUAAGACAAUGAGUAAGAUCUGGACUUUUUUUUUUUUCAGCGGCAUUGUUUUAUAUUUAGAUAUAUAUUUUUAUAUUUGUUGUGUGGUGUUAAGAUGAUACAUUUCCCUUGCGAUUGCAUUUCCCUGCAUACGAUGGUCCUUGCACGAACUACAAAGUACUAGUAUAGACCAUAAAGUAUAGUACAGACCUAACUUACUGUGUUCUGCUGUACUGUAUGUUUACCCAUACAUACUGUGUUGGCACUCAGGAAGCUCUCCAUCUCUGCGUUCAUCAUCAGUACCUGAAACCAGCUGUACCGGUCCUCGCUGGGGUUCACCCUCAGUACAACAUAUUGUUUUUCUCAAAGAUGUAUAUGAAGAUUUCCAAUAUCUUUUGGAAUUUAUUUCUUACUGGUGCAUUUUCACUUCCCAUGUACAACUGUAAUUAUGUAUAAUCAGGGUAAAGCAGGCCGUCUACACCCCUUUUUCUUUAAGAGGAGGUUAUAAAUGAUGUGCAACUACGACCACUACUAAAAUGUCAAACCCGAGUGGACUGCAGGAAUCUAGAAGGCUGAUUUAAACAUUCCUCACUCACGCUGUAUGUCAUUUUGUGAUGUUGAUCAUCAAAACUUAAUUAUUUGCAUGAGAUCAUGAUACCAACUGAAGAUUUUUGUAUAUUACUGCUGUAAAUAAACUAAAUACAGGUCUAAGCAAAACAUCACAAGAUGGAGACCCUUGAUAUACAAAUGCACUCUGAGCAACACACCAACAUGUAAAGCAUUUACUGUGAAGCCAGCUUGUAACAUCCCAAACAAGGAGAAAAAGCAACGCAUCCAGAUCCCUGUUGCACCCUCCUAUACAUCACUGUCAGUGUCCAACUGUUGACGGUGCUGAUCGGCCUCUUUGGGCUCCAUUUUCCACCCCUGUGACAGUUUGUUCUGAAUUGUAAAUGUGAACUCACCUCGUCAAAAGCAGCAUAUUCCCCACGUAUUGUUGUCUAUCCUAUCCUAACUCAAGGUAUUUGUUUAGAUGCAUUAGCACCCUUAUUUUCAAUUUUGAAACAUUUUGAGGUGUGUACCCAUUGCUCCGUGCAGGCAGUACGGUUGUAGCAACAGGAGGCUGUCAAGUUGAGGCUAGCAGGUUUAAUAACACAGCAGCCGCGGCAACGACAGAGGAAGGACGUACGAAUACAAAAACAAACAGAAAAACACUGAAGAUCAGUGUUAUUGGUCUUCUUUACAGAUUGGCUGCAUGCCUGAUUUGUUUGAAGCCUGUUAUGGGUUAAUGACUUUGCCUCAGACUGAAUGUUGUUUUAAGUCAUUUAUCUCAUUAAGAUAAGUAUGUGUUGAGUUGGAAACUUAAGGAAUUCGAGGCAAGACGUCGUAAUUGUAAUCAAACUUCUCGUAAUCUCCUCAACGUAUAGUAAUUCAAGUAAUCAGUUAUUUAUUUAUGUUUUCAAAUAAGCUGUUCGUUAAAAGAACAUCACAGUGAAUUGCAGAUUGUGUCUGAGAAUAAGAAGAAGCGUCCCCAGCAAUUUAGAGAAGCGCCAACAUGCGCCCACAAGGCCAGGCUCUUUGGGCUGUGACGAGAUGAGACGAGACGUCGAUGUAUAACCAACAGGCGCAAGGAAUCGCAAAGAGGUUUUUGGUAAUGGAAAAGGGCUCUUAGGAGUUACUUUUCUCAGUGGCUGAAACAAGUUACUUUUAAAUGGCACCAACGUUGUAAUGUUAUUCGUUACUUUUAAAAGUAGCAUCACCCAGCACUGGAAAUUAGUUGCUGAAAAUCCUUAAUUACAAUGCUGAA